AUGGCAAAUAGACGGUCAAGAUAUUUCGGAAUCGUGCAAGUUCUUCUUUGGUACUUUAUUCAUUUCGCAGUCAGCUCUAUCUCCUGGUUCUUCAAAAUUGUGCGAAGAUUGAAUCCUUUCAAGACAAAACUAUCGAAUAAAUUUCAUCAUGCCCCAGAACACAUCGCACUCGUUGCUUACAAAAACAGUCUGAUAGACUCAUCACAAAUGAAAUCUGUUGCUUUGGAACUCCUUCAGCGUGGAUGCAAAAAGAUAUCGAUUUGGGAUCCAGAUCGUCGAAUGGAAAAGUCGAAAAUUGACUGGUCAGAGCUUCAUUGCAGACUGCUAACGCCGAAGAAUGGUGGAAGCACAGUCUCAGAAAGUAUAAAAAGGAUGAAGGCCAGCAGUGUCUCGGUGAAGGAAGUAAACUUGGAAUUGCUCGACCAUUUUAUUGGUCCGAACGGGGAGGAACCACACCUCUUGCUGAGUUGUGGAGCGACGGAUCUUGUCUCUACUCAGGGUUAUCCUCCAUGGGCGUUGAGAUUGACGACGAUUUACCCCCUUCCAUCGCCGUAUUCGAAGUCUCAAAUCAACGAAGUGCUCGCAAGAUACUCUACCGUUACGCAACGCUUUGGAAAAUAG